AUGGAGGCCACUGGUCUCGUAAUUGGCAUUGUCGGACUGGCAGGCAUCUUCAAGAUAGCCCUUGAGGCAUGGGAAUUCGUCGACAGCGCUCGCGGUCAGGCGGAAAGCUUCGAGUUUCUGAGGACAAGGCUUGACAACCAGCGUGUAAUCUUCCUGAUAUGGGCUGGAAGGAUGGGCUUUGGUACACCAGAGGGAUAUGGUAAGAGCCUCGAUCGGCCACCCUUGCGCGCCCGACAAAUCGAGAGUACGCUAAGGCAGAUUGCAACUCUUUUCUCCAACACCGACGAAUUGAUUCGACUGUAUGGAUUGAAAAUACAUUCUGUGGAGGCUCAAAUUGAUGGCGGAGAUGCUCCUGCAGCGAUAUUCAGGAGUCAAUACGAUCGAGUACGAGCAAUUAUUCGCAACAAACGCCAGCUGAGCAUACUUUCCGAGCCCUUGUCACAGCAACAAAGUACCUCGUUAUGGAAGAAGGCGCAAUGGUCCAUCCGCGACGAAAAGAAGACCCAAUCUUUGGUCGCAAAGAUUGGAGAAUUGGUUGCCGACCUCGAAGGCCUUACCCAGGAUAUCCAAGCCGCCAAGACCAGAGAACAGUACGCAACUGAAGUUGUCGCAGAUAUUAGUGAGACGGCCCUUCGAGCGAUUAAAAACAGCUGUCGUACUGGAGAAGACGUCAUCUCCAGUGCUGCAAGCAUUCGUCUCAGCUCGCUCCGUCAGGCACAGACUCUCGCCUCGGCUAGUAUAUCAUCGGCAUCUUUCUUUACUGCCAAAUCGCAUUCAUUAUCGCAAAUGGAGCCGAAAGCAGACAAAUCAGGCCGCUGGGGCACAGAUACACAAUUCGUUGACUUUUCAACUAUUAAGAAGGCGCACGAUAAGAUUUGCGUGGACCUCGCAGCCAAGGCCCAGCCAGAAUGGUUUCCAGACUCUACGCCUAACAAUUCCGGAAGACAUUUAUCUCGCCUCUAUAACGAAAUUAACACGAUUGCCAGCGAACCGCAUGGUAAUGACUGGUACACUAUCUGCCCCAUCGACGAUCAUUUGGAUAGGUUCCUCAGUACCUUUUGCGGUCCAGCAGGGACCCCAUAUGAAGGGGGUAUCUUUCAUAUUCGUAUUAACAUCGGCGCGGGAUACCCAUUCAAAUCGCCACAGGCUUGGUUCCUAACUAAGAUUCUGCACCCAAAUGUUGAUAAAAACGGCGCUAUCUGCAUAGACAUCUUCGGAGAGGGUUGGACACCGACGUAUACCAUGUCCACGUUAACCGUUGGUAUUGCGUCAAUUCUUAACGAACCAGGUUGGGAUAACCCUAUCGAAGGUGCAAUGCCUGAGGAAUUCACGGUGGACAGAGAGCUAUUCAAUCUUCGAGCGAGGGAAUGGACUAGACGCUUUGCAGUAGGGAGUAUUAUUAACCCUGGCGAAAGAAAUGAUGGGUUUUAUAAUGUGACCGAGAGUGUAUUAUAA